AUGGCCCAGACGGAGUUGGCCUUAAGCGCUUGUUUGCUCUUUCAGCUCGUGUGGGCAGUGGCCGGGCAGAGCGGCCGGCAGAGGGUCUACUAUGUGGGUAUAGUGGAAGACUAUUGGGAUUACGCACCAAGUGGAAAAAACCUGCUCAACGGACAGGACAUUCGCGGUGAUGAGUUUGCGUCCGUUUUUCUCGCAGAGGGUCCAGAUCGAAUUGGCAAAGUUUAUAAGAAGGCAAUGUAUCGCGAGUUUACUGAUGGCACAUUUACGCAGCUGGCUCCACGUGCACAAUGGCUGGGAUACCUGGGUCCUGUGCUGAGGGCCGAAGUGGGUGAUGUGAUGGUGGUGCAUCUGAAGAACUUUGCAUCGAGAGGCUACUCAAUCCACCCACACGGAGUCUUUUAUGAGAAAGAUGCAGAAGGGGCGAUGUAUCCAGAUGGUACUUCUGGACGGUUAAAAGCAGAUGACAAAGUGCCACCCGGAGGUCGCUUCACUUAUCGCUGGGAGGUCAGACCCGAGUUUGCACCUACAGAUGAUGAUGCUAACUGCCUAACUUGGGUUUACCACUCUCACAUUGAUGCCCCCAAAGAAAUUAACUCAGGGUUAAUUGGAGCUCUUCUCACCUGUAAGAAAGGAAUCUUAAAGGAGGAUCUGUCUCGCAGUGAUGUCGACCAGGAUGUCAUUUUGAUGUUCCACAUUGUGGAUGAAAAUUACAGCUGGUAUUUGAAAAGUAACAUGCGUAACCUCACAGAACCACCUGAUGUAGAAGAUGAAGACUUUAUUGAGUCGAACUUGAUGCACGCCAUUAACGGCUACAUGUUUGGAAACUUGCCCAAUAUUGAGUUGUGCCAACACCAGACAGUGGCCUGGCAUCUUUUUGGGAUGGGUAACGAGCAGGACAUUCACUCCGUUGUCUUCCACGGGAACACAGUCCUGGACCGUGGACACCGAACUGAUGUCUUGAGUUUGUUUCCUGCCACGUUUACCGCCGCUGAGAUGGUCCCAAAGGCAAAGGGAAAGUGGCUCCUGGCGUGUCAGGUUAAUGACCACAUGCAGGCUGGAAUGCAGGGCUAUUACGAGGUAAAAUCCUGUGGCAGUGAUGUCAGCCCCACACCAAACACUGGGCCGGUUCGAACGUACUAUCUGGCAGCAGAGAAGGUGCUUUGGAAUUAUGCACCCUCAAGAAGAGAUUUGAUCGCAAAUGUCUCUUUAACUGAACCUGAUAGUGCCUCAGAGGUGUUUUUUGGCAAAGGAGCUGGUAGAAUUGGUGGUGUGUACAGAAAGGUGAUAUAUGCAGAAUAUACAGAUAGCAGCUUCACCACAAAGAAACCCAUAUCACCUGAACACCGGGGAAUCCUGGGCCCAGUGCUGCGAGCGGAAGAAGGAGACACACUUGAAGUCAUAUUCAAGAAUUUGGCUGACAGAAACUACAGCAUCCAGCCGCACGGACUGCACUACGGCAAACUCUUUCAGGGCACCAGCUACAUGGAUGGAUUGGAGAAUCCUGGUUCUCAUGUUGGCCCAGGGGACAUCUUUAAAUACAAAUGGCAGGUUUUGGAGGGUCCCUCAGCGUCGGACCCUUCAUGUAUUCCGUAUCUUUACUACUCUGCAACUGACUCGGUCCAAGACACCAGCUCUGGACUCGUGGGACCUCUGCUUGUGUGCAAAAAAGGCUCUUUGACAGAAAACGGAACCCUGAGGGGUGUGGACAAAGAGUUUUUUUUUCUCUUUUCUGUCAUGGAUGAAAACUUGAGCUGGUAUUUAGAUGAAAAUAUUCAGCAGUUUGGCAGUAGCCAGUCUAAUCCAGAGGAUGACGAUUUUAUUGAAAGCAAUAAAAUGCAUGCUGUAAAUGGCCUGAUGUAUGGGAACCUGCGCGGCCUGGAGAUGUGCGCUGGGGACCGGGUGCGAUGGUACACUUUUGGCUUGGGCACUGAGGUGGAUCUCCAUGGAGUUUAUUUUCAAGGCAACACUUUUGAGAAGCAGAGCACCACUCGGGACACUCUCAGCCUGUUUCCUCACACCACCUCCACCGUGGACAUGCGGCCAACCAGCCCCGGUGUAUUUGAAGUGAGCUGCAGAGUAACAGACCACUACUCAGCCGGGAUGAGAGAGCAGUAUGAAGUCAAACAGUGCAACGCAGACGUCAAUCCAACUGAGGAUAAACCAACAAAGACUGUGCAAUAUUUUAUCUGUGCUGAGGAAAUAGUGUGGGACUAUUCUCCAGAGAGGAACUGGGAGCUGGAAAAACAUCAAGUUCCAGCUGAAGACAGCCCUGGUAGUGUAUUUGUGGAACAAGGGCCAAACCGGAUUGGCUCACGCUACAAGAAGGUGGUGUACAGAGAAUACACUGAUGAGACUUUUAAAUUUAUGAAAAGGAGGUCCCCGAGCGAAACGCACCUGGAAUUACUGGGUCCCAUUAUCAAAGCUGAGGUUGGAGACCAAAUUCUGGUUACAUUCAAGAACAAGGCCACAAGACCCUAUUCCCUAACACCACAGGGCAUCAAAUCAAGUGGAUCAAACAUCCAUGUCCAGCCUGGUUACGUCAUUGAGAUGACCUGGUACGUUCCUCCAAGUGUUGGUCCAGGAGCCUCCGAUCCUGAUUGUAUCACCUACGCCUACUACUCAACCGUAGAUUAUAUCAAGGACAUGUACAGUGGUCUCCUGGGGCCCCUUGUGGUGUGUCGGGCUGGUUCUAUGACACCUGACAGGCAGAGUGUGGGUGUGGACAAAGAGUUCGCUCUUUUGUUUAUGGUUCACGAUGAAAACCAGUCCUGGUAUUUGGAUGAAAACAUCAAAACUUAUCUGGGAGUCGACCCUGGAAGCAUCACCCAAGAUGCAGAUUUUGAGGAAAGCAACAUGAUGCACGGCAUCAAUGGCAAGGUGUUUGGGAACCUCCAGGGCCUGGUGAUGACCGAGGGCCAGAGAGUGAACUGGUAUCUGUUGGGAAUGGGGAAUGAGGUGGACAUGCACACUGUCCACUUCCACGCACAAACCUUCACAUACAGGAUGGACCGCGUGCACCGGGCUGAUGUCUUUGAUCUCUUCCCCGGGACGUUUCAGACUAUAGAGAUGGUGGCUCAGAGCCCAGGCACCUGGUUACUGCACUGCCACGUCAUGGACCACAUCCAUGCAGGCAUGGAGACCACCUACACCAUUCAAGCACUCACCUCUACUGUUCCCGGCAGUGGAUGGCGUCUGGAUGCCUUUGCGGUGACGCUGCUUUUGGGACUUCUGGCUUCAGCUGAACUUCAGUAG